CAAACACUUUUCCAAAAAAAAAAGAAAAAGAUUAUGAGUGACAAUGUACAACAACAAGUAGAUUCAGUUGGUUCUGUAACUGAAAAAUUGGCUAAGAGCAGCCUGGACAACAAGCCCAAAAAAUACAUCCCCCCUUUUGCUCGUGAGAAGCGUGAGGAUUCUCGCAGUGCUCGUUCAUCUGCGGCAUCUUCCCCUCGCUUGCAGUCUCCCCACAGCGGCUACGGAGGUGGCUAUCAACGCCGUGAGUUUUCCCGCGGUGGUAAUGGUGGAGAUUGGUCGGGUCGCCCUAGCUAUGGCCGUAGCUCUUCUUACGGUCCUGGCAACGGCCAAAACUUCCGCAACAACCGUGGUUUCGGUCAGUGGAAGAACGGUCAACACGUUCUCGGCGCCCCCAAUGCCAUGCUUGAGCGUCAACUCUUCGGUUCUGCUGAGGUGCCCAAGCAAACGACUGGUAUCAACUUCGAGAAGUAUGACAACAUUCCUGUCGAGGUUACUGGUGCUGAGAUCGAGGCUGUGAACGAGUUCACCAACCCUCCUUUGAACCCCCAUCUUUUGACGAACAUUAAACUCUCUGGUUAUGUUCAACCUACCCCUGUCCAAAAGUACUCUGUUCCUAUUGUUACUUCUGGUCGUGACCUUAUGGCUUGUGCUCAAACUGGUUCUGGUAAGACGGCAGGUUUCCUCUUCCCUAUCCUUUCUCAGGCAUUCGACCAAGGUCCCGCUCCCAUCCCCCAUGAUGAGGAUUCUGCACUUGGCUACCGUUCUCGUAAGGCUUACCCUACCACCCUUAUUCUUGCCCCUACUCGUGAGCUGGUUUGCCAGACCCAUGAGGAAUCGAGAAAGUUCUGUUACCGUUCUUGGGUCCGCCCUUGUGCUGUUUACGGUGGUGCUGACAUCCGUGCCCAAAUCCGCCAAAUUGAUCAAGGCUGCGAUUUGCUUUCUGCUACUCCAGGUCGUUUGGUCGAUUUGAUUGACCGUGGUCGCAUUUCAUUGGCUAACAUCAAGUUCUUGGUUUUGGAUGAGGCCGAUCGUAUGUUGGAUAUGGGUUUCGAACCCCAAAUUCGUCACAUCGUCGAGGGAGCUGAUAUGCCCGGUGUUGAGGAGCGCCAAACUCUCAUGUUCUCCGCUACCUUCCCUCGCGAUAUUCAAGUUCUUGCCCGCGAUUUCUUGAAGGACUACGUUUUCUUGAGUGUUGGUCGUGUUGGUUCCACCUCCGAAAACAUUACCCAAAAGGUCGUUUUCGUCGAGGACCAAGAGAAGCGUAGUUACCUUCUCGAUAUCCUUCACACCCUUCCUCCUGAGGGUUUGACUCUUAUCUUUGUGGAAACGAAGCGUAUGGCUGACGCCCUUACGGACUUCCUGUUGAAUUCUAGUUUCCCCGCCACUAGCAUUCAUGGUGACCGCACGCAACGUGAGCGUGAGCGUGCUCUUGAGCUCUUCCGUAGUGGUCGCUCUUCCAUCAUGGUUGCUACUGCCGUCGCCAGUCGUGGUUUGGAUAUUCCCAACGUUACCCAUGUCAUUAACUAUGAUCUUCCUACUGACAUUGAUGACUACGUUCAUCGUAUUGGUCGUACUGGUCGUGCUGGUAACACCGGUCAGGCUGUUGCUUUCUUCAACCGCAACAACAAGGGUAUCGCUAAGGAGUUGAUCGAGCUUCUUCAAGAGGCCAACCAGGAGUGUCCUAGUUUCUUGGUUGCCAUGGCUCGUGAAAGCAGCUUCGGUAAUGGCGGCCGUGGCCGUUAUGGUCGUGGUGGCCGCGGUGGUGGAAGUUAUGGUGGCCGUGAUUUCCGCCGCAGCAACAACAGCGUUCCCUCCUACGGUGGAAACAGUAGCUACACCAGCAGCUACGCUGAACCUGCUCGUCACCAUGGUGGUGCGAGCUACAACAGCGGUGGCGGUCAAAGCUGGUGGUAAGUUGCUUUCUCAAUGUGUGCUUCUUUAUGUUUUUUGCUUGCAUUCAACUCUAGCUUGCUUGCGACGAAAUUGCGAUGCCUUUUUCCUCGCCCUCUUCAAUUUUUUUAAUUCCUUUCGGGCUUGCGGUUAUCCCGUGGACUGAUGUUUCAGACUUUGACGCGUCAGUGGAUGACUGUUAGCCUAUAACACGUUGUUUUAGCCGGACGGGAAGGAUCUGUCGUCGCCGGCGACAAGGUAUUCUUCGUCUGGUGUUUGAUUCUUUCCUUUCUGGGAGAGGUACACGCGCAGCUUAUGCCAGACUCUGGCUUGGUUUCUCAUUCCGUUGUUUGGCUGAGUGCAGUGGCGUACGACGACACUGACAGUUACGACGAUUCGGCAAAGUUUUAUGAUGCAUCAUUUUUUGUAACUCUGGUUCUGCAUGCCCAUUACUAAUUUGCAUGUUGCAGGGCAAGGAGUUUAUGACUGAAGCUAUGGAAUGGUGCUUCAUAUUGUAUCUAUGGGGAUUUAAAUCUGGUUUUCAUUUCUCUCUUUUGUUGGAUUGUUGGUUCUUGGGUAUAUUUUUAGAUUAAGUUAUACGAUGCUGCACCUUUGGUUUGGCGCGCGCGUGCGUUUACUGUUUUCUACAUACAGAGAGAAAAUCUGGGAGGUUCAAAGUUUUGCGAAGGUUUGACGACAGCUCGUGUGGGUGGGCCGUGAGCAUUUGCGGAUGUGGUCCUUGGUUUUCUGAAGGUAGAUUAGUGAAGGAAAUGAAUGUUUGCUUCGUAUUAGAA